AUGCUGGGACAGUCCUCACAAGCACCUCAUCCAGCCACCAGUGCCAGCACGACGCGCCCAGGCCAACCGGCUACUCCAAGGAUGCUACGCAGCGUUAGUGGCAGCCUUAGAAGCUCUCGCAGUGACGUGAACGCAGACCCGGCCUUAUCGCCAACUCCUCGCCACCUAGAUGAGUUUCCCCUGUUGCUGUCGUCCCAGACCCACCGCUCGCACUCCCGGAACCCCAGUUUCCAACAGCAGCCUCCGCAACAAUUAGACCUGAUGUUAACUCCACAUACCCCAGUACAUAGAAGGGUUCCUUCUGCCACACAACCCAUCACCACUCCUGGCCCCAGCACUCCCACGAUGAACUCAAAGGUGUCGAUAAAAAUGGCGCCUGUCAGUAGUACCCAGCACCAGCCCCAAUUCAGUAAGCAUGAGCCUACCCAUGGCAGUAGCACUCACAAAUCACCUCAUCAACACCAGCAACAGCAGCAACCGUUUCAUAGAAAGUCCAUAGGUGACUGGAAUUUUGUCAAAACCAUCGGAGCCGGUUCUAUGGGAAAAGUCAAGUUGGCUCAACACAACUCGACGGGAGAAAUAUGUGCGGUGAAGAUUGUCCCUCGUGCAGCCAAGUUGUAUCAAAGAGCUCAUCAAGAUGACCCCCCACCACAAACCCAGCAGGAAUUGCAACAGAAGCAGAAGGAGUUUGAAAAGGAAAUCGCUAGAGAUAAGAGAACCACCAGGGAAGGGGCCUUGGGGAGGUUAUUAUUCCAUCCUUAUGUGUGUCGAUUAUAUGAAAUUGUCCCCAUGACCAAUCACUACUAUAUGUUGUUUGAAUAUGUUGAGGGAGGUCAGAUGUUAGACUAUAUUGUGGCCCAUGGUUCUUUGAAGGAGAAGCAUGCUAGAAAGUUUGCUAGAGGUAUUGCGUCUGCUUUGGACUAUUGUCACAGAAACAAUGUGGUGCAUCGGGAUUUGAAGAUUGAAAACAUCAUGAUCAACCAAAAGGGUGAUAUAAAAAUCAUCGAUUUCGGUUUGUCUAAUUUAUACUCACCCAAGUCUUUAUUGAAGACUUAUUGUGGUUCGUUGUAUUUUGCUGCUCCUGAACUCUUGUGUGCUAAACCAUAUGUUGGUCCUGAAGUUGAUAUUUGGUCUUUCGGGGUUGUUUUGUAUGUCUUGGUUUGUGGCAAGGUUCCUUUUGAUGAUCAGUCUGUGUCUGUAUUGCAUGAAAAGAUUAAAAAGGCCAACGUUGAGUAUCCCCUGUUUUUGUCCAAGGAAUGUAUCUCAUUAUUAUCAAUGAUGUUACAGGUGGAUCCAUCCAAAAGAGCUACCUUGUAUGAGGUUAUCAAUCAUCCUUGGAUAAACAAGGGUUAUGAAUUUGCCAUAUCCAGCCAUGUUCCAAAAAGAACCCCUUUGACCUUACCUUUGGAUUCUGAUAUCAUUAAGGCUAUUUCCACAUUCGACUUGGGUGACUAUCAAUCCUUGUCGGACGAAUUGACCUCAAUUGUUGGCAGUGUUGAAUAUCAUAUGAGUAGUGAAAACUGGUACAAAAUAAUGGAACAAGGCAGAGACUAUGCUUCAGCAUCUAAUGCUCAUAUUUUGCCGGAUCCAACUGGAGGUUUCCACCCGUUGAUUUCCAUUUAUUACUUGGUGGACGAAAUGAAGAAACGUAAGAAGGCUAAAGAGGAAGCUGUUAAAGUUCAAUUACAGGAAGUUGAAAGGAAAAAGCUUCAAGAACAACAAGAAUCUUCUCAAGGUUCAGUAGCUCAAGUUGCCCAAAUAGCCCAGAAAGGUGUUCCAACAAUUGUCACCGAACAACCAAGGCCUAUACCUCCUCCUCAGUUGGUUGGUGCUCCACCUCAGAUUUCAUUCCCCGAACAAGCGCACACCUCAAUGUCUCCUCACAUGAAGACCACUGGGUCACAAGAGUAUUCUAAUGAUAUAGGUUCUCCUAUUCCCGAGCAGCAACCACAAAGUCCUGUGCAAGAACCUUCUGAUGGCACUGGAAAGGGUAUCAACUCACUUUUGAGAAGACUUUCCGCUAAAAAGCCUACCAGAGGUAGUAACCUUUCACCUCAAAGAACUCAAGAUUCUUCUAGAGACUCUGGAUCUGAUUUCGAAGAGAGAUCAUCUCCUUCCAAGAGGGACCCUAUGGUUCGUAGAGGUGUUAGUAUGAAGGUGACUGCCAAGGAGAAGUCUGAUUCCAGAAGCUCUAAGUUGAACGUAGUUGAUAAACAACAACAACAGCAACAACAACAAGCUACGGUGAAGCCAAUUCAUGGCUUUGUUCCUGUUGAAAACCUCCCCCCAUUACCAAGUAUUGACGCAGAGACCAACAAAAUUAUUGCUAAGCACUCAUCGGCUAAUUCUGGCAAGACCAUGCAUCCUACCGCUAGAUCUAAGUCCGUUGGCGGUCAUAUUAGAAGAGACUCUCAAGGUGGAAAAUACAGAGCCCCAACGAGUCAACAUCGUCCAUUGCCUAAUACUAUGGGAACUCAAAAUAGUGAUGAGUUGGUGGCUCAGGACAAGAAGGAAGAACUCUUGUACGAUGGCUUCUUUGAUGAUAUUUUGUUAGACGAAGAGCUAGAUGUCAAGGAAAUACCUCAAUUGAGUGAAGAUGAAAUCAUUGAGCAGUUCAACAACGCCAAACCAAACACCAUGCCCUCAAUUGAAUAUCCCAAAACAUUGUUUCUCAAAGGGUUUUUCAGUGUUCAGACAACAUCUACCAAGCCCUUGCCGAUUAUCAGAUACAGUAUUAUCAAUGUAUUGACAAGUCUUGGUGUUAAGUUCCAAGAGGUUAAAGGUGGAUUCAUUUGUUCUCAUGCACCUUCUUUGCAACACGAAGAAGUUGAAGAUAUUACUGGCACCGAAAACGAAAAGGAUUCGGAGGAAGAUCGCUUAUAUGGUGACGCGUUCAAGUCUACGUCGUCUUCUAUUGAACAAAGAUCCAAAACUCCCGAACUUAUCGAGCCUGUGGGUACCAAUGGACCAAGCAGACAGCCAUCUUUGCACUUGAACACUCAAAACUUGUCAACUCCAAAAGGACAUCAUCGGCAAUCUAGUUCAAUCAGUAGUGUGGGAAGUGAGCGUGGACACAGAAGAAAGUUCUCCAUUGGAGCUAAUAUUUUGGGAUCGUACAGAAAGAAGAACGGAUCCCAAAGUCAAAUCAUGCCUCCGAACACUCCAGCUGCUGCGAGGAUUAAUAAGCUGUUGUACGGUAAUCUCGAAGAUUCCGACGACUAUGAGACCGAGAUGAAGCAAAUCACCGAUGACGAUUCGAUUGACUCGGUUGGGAAUUUGAUGAUUGGAGGUGGGUCCGAUAUGUUGUUCUCUUCCAGAGUAGACCAUAAGUCUAAGUUAAAGACCAAAAGAUCACCUUUGAAAUUCGAAAUACAUGUGGUAAAAUUCCCCUUGGUUGGAUUAUAUGGUGUACAAUUCAAGAAGUUGUUGGGUAACACCUGGAAUUACAAGACUUUGGCAGGUCAAAUCUUAAAUGAACUAAAAUUAUAAUGUCCUUUUUCUAAUUGCAUUUCUGCUGGUUUUUAUUUUUAGCUUCAAGACAUAACUUAAUCUCGUUAAAUUUAGUAGUCUAUUAUAUACCUAGAUGGUUGUUGAGAGUUUAGUUUAUAGGCUCUGGUUUCUCUUCACCAUUGGUUGAUUUAUGGCCGAUGAUCUCUUCUUCAAUCUUUUCAAUCUUUUCUUCAAUAUUUGGUUUUGCUUCACCAAUGUCCGGGGUCAAGCUAAUGGUUUCCAGCUUCACAGCCUCUGGAGAUACACUCUUUGGCUGAGAAGAGUCCUUUCUAUAGUCCGUAUUUAACUUUCUCAUUUUCAACCUUUCUUCUCUGCUCAAAACGUUUGAGUUAUAGUUCAAAGGUUUGGAAAUUUUGUCGAGUUCUAUAGCCAAUCUCAUUUCUCUUUCCUUUUGAGCCUUUAUAUCUUCAAUGUCUUGCUGUUUUUGACGUUCCUUGGCCUCUAUUCUGGAAGAUCUUUUUCUGGUGGCCAUCAAGUUGAUCAUCUGGUACUCUUUCUUUCUGUUCAUGAUGAUCCUUCUUUUCUUGAUCUCAGACGAAACCACGUUGGCCUGAAAUGCAUUUGUGGUCAACAGUUUGAAGGUCAGGUUCUUCUUAUGUGUCUUUAUGAACUGGUUAAAAUUGUCCAAAGUCCAUGCCUCUACGCUAAACGAUACUUGGGCCAAAUCCACAUCGAAUUGGUCCCAGAAAAAGUCCUCUGGGUCUUCAGGAGCAUCUUUUCUCUUCUUUGGAACAAUCAACUCCGGGUACUCAAUCGUUCUUUUGUAAACCUUUGUCAGGUUGAAAAGCAAUAAAUAGUCUUCUCGUUUGUUCUUGGUAUCGGAAGACUUUAGUAUAUGAGCGUUCAAACUCAAAUCAACAUCUGGAGUCUUAUCCAAAAAUAACCUAAAGUUAGCCAAGGAAGACAAGUAGUUCAAAAUAACGAACAAGACCUCGAAUUUUUCACUCAACUUCAAGGUAUCAAAGAUGGUAGCGGUGUCUGCAUCACCUAAUGGAGUAUUAACAAAGAAUCGCUUAAUAACCAUAUCGAAAUCCAGGGCCAGGAACUUCGAGGCCGAGUUCGUGAGGUGGUUGAUGAUCUGAGUUUUGAGCUUGUUGAUAAAUAACACCGACUCAUCCAAUGGUGGAGGAUCUAAGAGAUUAAGCAACUCCAUUUCGAACAACUCCACAUCAAAGUACUCUGACGAUAACCUGAGAUAUCCUUUAAAGUUGUACAACCAGUUGAUGACAUACAAGUAGUCGAAGGAAGCUCUUAUCUUGUGCAACUCAUGGGUGGGCGGGAAGGAAGUCUGAGGAACCCUGGCAGAUUGGAGCUUUUCCAAUACCGAAAGUUGCUCUUUAUCACCAAACAUGUUUACGUGAAUUUGUGCGCGUCAAUUUUUCAGUAUAUAGUGAGACAGGAUGGAGAAC